GGUGCUGCCGGCGGGACCAUGUACGCCGGGAGGAAGAGGAAGAAGCCGGUGCCCAAGAGCCCCAAACCACCACCUCCUGAGGGUGUGAAGUCCAACCCCUCCAAGAGGCACCGGGACCGGCUCAACCAGGAGCUGAACAAGCUGACUGGCUUGCUGCCCUUCCCCGAAGAUGUGUGCACCAGGCUUGAUAAACUCUCCAUCCUCCGACUGGUGGUGGGGUACCUGAAGGUGAAGAGCUACUUGACAGCCGCAGGUACGGGUGUUGGUGACUGCGUGUGGGAUCAGCCCCGAGCCCCAGGAGGGAACAGAUGGACACAUCUGCAGGUCAACAGGGAGCUGUUUCCAGAGGGGGACCUGCUGCUCCAGGCACUCAAUGGAUUUGUCAUCACUGUGACUGGAGAUGGCUACAUCUUCUACGUCUCCCCUACUGUGCAGAACUACCUGGGCUUCCACCAGUCAGAUCUCAUCUACCAGAGCAUCUUCGAGCUGAUCCACACGGACGACAGAGCCGCCUUCCGCUGCCAGCUGCACCAGGCCGUUCCCGAUGGAUGCAGCACUGUGGGUAGCCCCCAGCACUGCCGCCCUGAGCACCUCUGCUUUAUGGAGAGGAGCUUCACCUGCCGCCUCCGCUGCCUGCUGGACAACUCCUCGGGGUUUCUGGCCUUGAAUUUCCGUGGACGCUUAAAACUCCUUCUGGGGCAGCAGAAGAGGGCAUCCCUGGUGCCUCCCCCACUCGCCCUCUUUGCCAUCGCAACUCCUCUCCAGCCGCUCUCCAUCCUGGAGCUUCGGACCAAGACGCUGAUGUUCCAGACGAAACACAAGCUGGACUUCACUCCCAUGGCCUGUGAUUCCCGGGGGAAGGUCAUCCUGGGGUACACGGAGACGGAGCUGUGUAGGAGGGGGUCCGGGUACCAGUUUGUGCACGCAGCUGACAUGAUGUACUGCGCAGAGAACCACGUGAAAAUGAUGAAGACAGGGGAGAGCGGGCUGACGGUCUUCAGGCUGCUGACCAAGAAGGGUGUCUGGGUGUGGGUCCAGGCCAAUGCCCGGCUGGUGUACAAAGGGGGUCAGCCCGACUUCAUCAUCGCCCGGCAGCGAGCCCUCUCAAAUGAAGAAGGGGAGGAACACCUGCGGAAGCGGAACCUGCAGCUGCCUUUUAGCUUUGCCACAGGGGAAGCAGUUUUAUACGGGAACGACCUUCCUGAUUUCUUGGACUCCCUCCAGGCUAAGGAGGAGUUUCAGACAAAGACAGACUCCCACGUGGAGCAGCACGCGGUAGAUCCCAACUCUAUUCUCGGGGCCAUGAUGAAGCAGGAUGCAUCCAUAUACAUCUCCCACACCGAUGAUGUGCCUCAGUUCUCCCUGCCAGAUCUCGACGCUGAGCCUGGUGGACCAAGUCGGGAUGAGAAAGCCAGCAAUGCCAAGGAGGACAGCAACUCCCUCCUGGUUGUUAUUGAAACCCUCUUUGAGAAGAGCAAGGUGGAUGGAAACACCUGCCAGACCCUCCAGAGCCUCAGCGUGGACAAUGUGGAGCUGCAGCAGUGGGAAGACACUCUGCUAAGCCUGGGUGCAGAGGAUUCACCAUCCCAGGAUGUCGGUGAGAGCGUGGGCAGCGAGGUGAGCUCCUACGUGGAGCAGAUGCUCUCCAGGGAGGGUGCUGGGAGCAGCACAGACUUCCCGUGCUGCAGUGCAUCAUCCUGCAGCGAGCAAGGCAGUUCUGCAGCUCGCUUCCAGCACUGCUGGGCAACGAACUUGGCAGCUCCACUGGCAUUUCAAGACCUUCCGCAGCCCCAGGCAGCUGGUGCACAGGGCCAAGGUGCUGCAGUCUCUCUGGCCUCUGUUAUGCCAGAGGGCAGCUCCGCUCGACCGGGAGAGCCGAUCCUGUUCCACCCGGCCAGCCUUGGGGGCAGGACUGUUCUGGAUGCCUUGGGCUCCAGCAGCGAGCCCUCUGCACCACUUCAGCUGGCAAACCCAGGAAAAGUGUUUCAGGCGGGACUCAGCACCUCUGUUCCCACAGACAGCGUUCUUCCUAAAGGUCAGAGCCAGUCCAGGUGUGCGCUGAUGGCCUUGAGCUGCCCACCUCCCUUGGACUCAAGUGCAUUGGUGACUCGGUGGCACGACAUCCCAGUCUGGGCAAACCCGGCCCUUGCUUUGGGUCAGAGCGUGUCCCCAGGAGGCUGCCCCUCGGAUGCUUGGGUGGCUGCAGCUCUGAAACAGCUGGAAAUGGCUGGAGCGCCCCUGGAAUCACAAGCUCCAAUGGCGAGUAGCACCCAGAGCUCCCCAGGGGCUGGCCAGCUGCUGGCGGGUGGCGGCUUCCCCGCACAGCCCCCGGUGAUGCCGCCCGCACAGCUCGGUGCUUGCUGGGGCGGGGAGCAGGCAGUGCUCGGCGAGGACGCGUGGUCCCAGCACCAGGGACUUGUGCUGGGGACCAGCCUGGGUCCUGGUACCCAUCAGAUGGACCAGGCCGUGCCGCAUCACUGCGGGUACGGAAACAGCGAAGGGGUCUUCAGCCACGAGGGUGUUUUUCUCAAGGAUGCCACUCAAACAUCAGUGUCCCAGCCUGUGCCUUGCCACCCAGGGGCACCAGCAGGAUCUGGUUUGAGGUGCUCAGCAUCUCUUCCCGGGGAGCUGGGAGCAACAGCAGCCUCCUGCGAGCCGGGCACCCUGGCCUCCUCGGCGGACGGGCGGCCGCGCUGUGCGUGCCGCAUCCAGCUGAAGGUGCGGUGUGAGGGCUGCGGGACCUGAAGGGCACCGCGUGGCACGUCUCAGUGGCCAUGGGGUGAGGCCCAGCCUUGUCUGGGGACGGCUGUAGCUCUCUGCCCGCCCUGCAGCACGCACAGCGACUGAGCCCCCUGGCUUCCAGGCUCCUGCGUGUGCAAAGCACCCAGAAACGCUUCAAACCACAGGGGUGGCUCCAAGCAGUAAACGUUUCUUCUCGUUUUAACAUUUUCCUGGCCCCACCCCCAGCCAGCUCUGUAAAACAGGAUUGGAAAAGCCCAUUUUGAAGCCUCACGGUGAGCUAGGAGCCACAGUUUGGGAACGUUGUUCUGAGCAGCCACCAGCAGCCAGGCACAUCCAUGAGCGAUGCUCCGUGCCUCCUGACCGCCCAGCGCUCUGACCUCCUGUGCCUGAAAUGAGGUGCCCUCGCAGAGCUCUCAGGCAGGCACAGAGGAAGGGUUUGGUGGCUUUUACAUCAGCAGUCUUUCAGGAAAAUGCAGUCCUGUCGCAGCAGAGAGGUUUGUCAGGCUCUUGGGGUCCAAAGGACCUCUUCAUCACUGGGGCAGGGUUCUGGGAGGUGGAUUUGGCCUCUAGCAGAGGCUGUGACCUUCCCUGGGAAAUAGCUCCUGUUGCUGACCCUGGGUUUGUCACUGCCGUGCAGUGCCAUCAGAUGGAGGGACAGUGGAGCACUGCUGGGGCUGGUAAGGAUGGUGUGGCUUUGCCAGAGCAGUGAGGAGAAGGCAGCAAGGAGGGGAGCGACUGCCCUCUGCCUCUCCCCUGUGGGCCAACUUUGUGGUCUUAAAACUGUUCUGGAGACUGGCACAACCACUUUGUUAAAUUCCCUUUUUUCUGUGCAUGGUUUGUUUGUUUGUUUUAAGCCAAAGGCAUGAAUCUUUUCCCCCUGCCUGCCAUGGGGCAAAUUCUCCUGGGCUUUGUCAGGCAAAGCCCCCAGAAGACCAGGAUCAACCAGAGCCCUGAGUUUGAGACCAGGCAGGGCCAGCUGGGCUGGUUGUAGAGGUUGGCAUGGUUGGUGGACCUCCAGAUCCUGCCAUUGUACCCAUGCCUGUCCCUCAGCCUCUUACACCAGUACUCAGCACGUGCUGCACCCAUCCGCAGCAGCCUGGAGGAGCACCCAGGGGUGGGCAAGGAGCUGAGGUGCUGUGAUACAGAGCCUUAUGCAUCAACUGGCCCCAAAAC